UUGAAACAAAAGAAAAAAGAAGAGAGAAACAAAUUAAUUAAUGGCUGAUGCUGUGAUGAAUUAUGUAGUCAAGAAAUUUGGUGAUCUGAUACUGAGAGAAGCAGCCAAUUUGCAUGGAGCGAAUGACCAAUUGGAGUGGUUGAAGAGACAACACCGGCGAAUGCAGUGCUUCUUAAAGGAUGCAGAUGCAAAGAGCCAGGGAGAUGAUGAGAGGGUCAAGAACUGGGUCAUAGACGUAAGAGAUCUGGCCUAUGAAGUUGAGAAGGUCAUUGACACUUGCAUGAAUAUAGAUCUCCGUGAUUCCAUUGGCUUGAUAACCUGGAGAAUUAAGGUUCAUAAGAGUGUUCAAGGGAUAAGGGAUAAGAUGCUGGAGCUAUCUCAAAGUAAAACAUUGUAUGGCAUUGCUGACAUAGGUGAAACAAUGGGCACAACUAGUCAAUCUAUACAUAUGCCCCCUAUAUUGCCUCAACUGAAUGAUGAUGACAUUGAUAAAUUUGGCUUUGAUGAGGAGAAGAAAAUGAUUGUGCAGCAGUUGGUUGACACAAGCAAUACAAAUCGGUCAGUGAUCGCUAUAGUUGAUAUAGAUGGUCUAGGAAAGGUUGCACUUGUAGAAGCCAUCUAUAAUGAUCCUGAAGUCAAAACAAGUUUUGAUUUAGUUGUAUGGAUAACGAUAUCUCAGAAAUAUACCAUAAUUGAGAUUCUGCAAAAUAUCUUGUCACGGGUUUCAGGAAUUUCAUCAAUGGAUGCAAUUGAAAUCCUUGCGGUCACUCUUAUUAAUGAAUUGAAGAAGUACAAGUACUUGAUCAUCCUGGUUGAUGUUUGGGAAGAAAAUGUAUGGGAUCAAUUACAAAAUUUUUUUCCAGAUGUUAAUAAUGGAAGCAGAGUGAUUAUCACCACUCGCUUCUCAAAUGUAUCAAGCUCCAUGCACUUCAGAGGAAAAAGUGUCUACCCAGGUACAAAAUACACACAAGCUGUGAGUUCUUCAUUGCAAGCAGCACCGACAAGCCUGAACAUGCCUGAUUCCACCCCUGAACGAAGGGUGUUAACGUGCCAGACAAGCCAUGUUUCUACCAGAACUCGACCCCAUUGUGCCUACUGCCAACCCAUCCAUAUUUCACAGACAUUCCCAGUAAUACCAAGAACUAGCCUCUCCAUUCCUAUUACAGAGGAGAUACUAAAGUCAAGCAAUGAACUCAUGAAGAAGAGUUCGAUCAUCUCUGUCAUCUCGGGGCAGACUAGUUUGGAACACCUACAAGCAGAGCUACCGGUUGCACUCGACCUGUCACAAGGUGACCGAAAGGUGUCACCAUUUGGAAUCAAUACAUUUGUCAUCUCAUUCCACAGCGAGAAAGAGGCGCGGACAGCAGAGAGUAUGGAUCCUAUUCUGCUUGACGGACCACAUGGACCAUGCACGGUUAGCCUCGAUCCAUGGUCUCUGGAGUUCGGGUCCAUGAGAACGGUCACCGGGAGUUACCGCCGGAUCACCAUUGUUAAUUUGCCACUCCAUUGCAGGGACUGGGCAACUCUCGUGGAGGCAGUCAAGCCGGCUGGUGACUUGGUAGCUGUUUAUAAAGACGACAAGGUUACACUAGAAUUUGUAUACGUGAUGGUUCGUCUCAGGCGGGUGAUUCAUCUCCCUCUUGAGCUGGAGCUCACUGUGGAUACGACUCAAUACUUGAUUCACCUUGAAGACUCCCAAACAUUCCAACCUUAUAACAGUGGGCGUUCAACUAUGGAGAUAACUUUGCAGAAACAGGGACCCGAGGGCCAUGUACAACUUGGACCGACGAGAAGCACUCACGAAAUACCACGAAAGGAGAAAGGCAAAAUGCUGCCCGGUGAUGGUGAUGACAUAUAAGAUCGACCAGCCAUGGAGCUAUGACAUAUCGAAUUGUAUUGCUAAGUAUUAUGAACUAAUAAGGUUGGUAUAGU